AUGAUAAUCGACGAAUACAGCCUCAUUGGGUGCUCCUUGUUGGGUAAAAUCGACAGACGAUGCCGGCAAGCUAAGCCUGACCAAUGUCAUUUACCUUUUGGUGGUCUCAUUGUUUAUCUCUUUGGCGAUAUUAAGCAGUUGCCGCCUGUACUUGACCGACCAUUAUAUGGAGACGGUUAUAAAAGCGAGCUUGCGGACCAUGGACAGUUAGUCUACAGAACCGCAUUUACGAAAGCGUUCAUACUCGUAACCUCCCAGCGGCAAAAGGGAAGUGAUCCCGAGCAGCAGCAUUUUCGGGACGCCUUGGAUCGCAUUAGUACGGGUGAAUCAACGGAAGAAGAUUAUCAAAAAAUUAUGUCCAGAAACUACGGAAUGAUGCCCGAUGAAGAACGAGAAAGCUUUCGGAGUGCGAUACGGCUGUUUACCGAACGGGAUCAAGCAAAACAGUACAACAUCAAAGCCUUAACCGAUUUGCGCAUGCCCGUCGCAAAAAUUCGGGCUAAGCAUAACACUGAAUCAGUGUCCAGAGGCGGAGACCAGCAAGCCAUGGGCUUAGAACAAACCCUUUACCUAUCACGAGGAUCCCGUGUAAUGUUAAAACGAAAUAUCUGGACCACGAAAGGACUCGUUAACGGAGCAUUAGGUUAUGUCCGCGAUAUCGUCUACGCUCCAGGAACAACUCCUGAGGACUCUCUACCGGUGGCGAUUAUGGUGGAGUUCGAUAAAUACAGUGGCCCUACUGUAGGAAACAACUGCAUUCCCAUCUGUUCUUUGACGGCUCAAUGGACCGACCGUGGCCGGAAGCACACCCGAACGCAGUUCCCAUUGUCACUUGCCUGGGCGCUUACUAUUCACAAGGCUCAAGGGAUUACAUGUGAAAAGGCCGUGAUCAAUGUCGGACUGCGGGAGUUUGCUUCCGGCCUGAUAUAUGUCGGAUUGUCAAGAGUGAAAUCGUGGAGUGGACUGGCUAUCGAGCCGACUUUUCCUUUUUCACUUCUAAGCGCAAUCAAGUCAAAAAAAGCUACGGUUCAAAGACUGAAAGAAGAGCAGCGGCUCAAAAGUUUAGCCUGA